AUGGCCUCAGAAUACGAGGAUGAGGACUAUUUCCUCCCGCUGGAAGACCAACGUGUUUUUGGGGCUGGGAUUAGGAGGAAACGGGUUCCUUUUGUGCGUUCGGGGGAACUGAGUACUACGACCUCUACCUCUGAUGCGAAAGCCGGAGCAAAAGCAAACGUCGCAGAUACAUAUCUAUCUAUUGUGCUUAAGAAGCAGAAGACAUCGAAUACAUCUCCAUCUACACCUAUACCUACCGCUUCGAUAUUAACGUUGAGCGAAGAAUCCAUACCGCCGAGAACACUUUCUGCCCCUCCAACAACAGAAUCCUCAGAACCAGAGCGCAUACCUUCAAUCUCCAAAUCCAGACCAGAACACUGCCAAAUAUGCAACCUCCCAUUACUAAAGGCACUCGAAGACACAGAAACCUCAGCAUCAGCCUCAACACACCCCCACGAGGCAUCUCUAGCACACCAAGUCUGUCUCCAACACUCACACCCACCGUCCCAUCUUGACCGUUCCCGCGCCGGAAUGCGAUACCUCUCAACCUACGGCUGGGAUCCGGAUAGUCGACUUGGUCUCGGUGCACAAGGACGAGAAGGUAUUCGCGAGCCGUUGAAGGGUCGUGUGAAGACUGAUACGGCUGGGUUGGGUUCUGGACUUGAUAAAGAUGGAGAUCCGAUUAAGGUUCCUGUUAUUGAGCCGAAGACGGUUACUAGGUUGAAUGCGAAGCAGAUGAGGAAGAAGGAUGAGGAGGAUAAGAAGAAGGCGGAGAAGAUGCGGAAUGCAUUUUAUAAGAGUGAUGAGGUUUUGAAGUAUCUUGGGGAAGAUGCUUAG